GCUCUAGUCUACAUUAAUCGGUGACCUCAUGGCACCACACCUCAUCAGUCACGCCACCAGAGCAUCUGACUCUGACGACUGACUGUAGCUGAGCCGUCACCCCCUUCACCUGGGCAGGUGAUUGGUAACAGGGCUCCUCUUGGCCCUCUGGGCUAAGCCAUCUGUGCGUCAUGUGCUUACUAUUCCACUUUCAUUGCCAAGAUAUACAGCAGCUUGUGCCUGCACAAUAUCAGCAUGGAGAUUGUGGUGGUGCCUGACUGCCUGUUUAAAGAGAGCCUUCUUUAGACACACAUUGUUCUAUUCACGACGUUGUUCUCUCUCUCUCAAUUUGCCUGUCUGACUGAGACUUUCUUCUCCCUCUAGUCUUUAAGACGACAGAGGCAGAAGUACAUGGCACCUAAUACCAGCUAAGAGGAAGAGGCAGGCCUUUGAAGUAAAUUGGCUGUAAUUUGCAAGGAGGAUCUACAAGGUUUCCUGUUGUUAAUGGAGACGGGAUGUUUGUUUGUCUUGCCUGGCCUGAGUCGGUGCCCGGAGAGUUGAGCGAGAGCGUUUCACAGGACGCCAGUACGCCUUAAUCCUUACACUUCAUCAGACCAGUUGGUUCAGGGGAGGGGGGCAUGUUCUUUUUUUUAAAGAGCAAUAUGCAAUUAGGCUUAAAAUGGUUAGAAUUAGAUUGUAGGUCCUUUAAGAUAUUUACGUAAUGCUAUCAGUGAAGGCAAGAUGGAGUUCCUGUCAUCAGCAAAGCGAUUCAGGAGGGGAGGGACUGCGGGGAAGCCGUGAGGACACCAUGCUUCCUCUGGGCACCCUCAGGCCUUCUCUGGCCCGUAAUCGCUUUAACUGGAACAUUAACUUGGCGGGGUGGAAGCUCAGAAACGGUGGAGCUAGGUCAUUUUACUGAACCUGAUACACUUGCUGGAGAGUCUUCUUUUGCAUGAAGUUGUUGAGGUUGAGGAAUUAUCGACUACUCUGAGAGACCCUGUCGUUUAUAUUGAUUAUGUGGAAGUCGUUCUUUGCACGUGUCUGUGAAAUGUCAAACAGUGAGCUGUAUGCCUUCUAGUAUGGCUGCUAAAUCCCACCCGCCCCUGAUGAAGAAACACAGUCAGACAGACCUGGUGAGCCGGCUCAAGACGCGCAAGAUCCUCGGCGUGGGCGGUGAGGACGAUGAUGGAGAGGUGCACAGGUCAAAGAUCAGUCAGAUGCUGGGGAACGAGAUUAAGUUUGCUCUGCGGGAGCCCGUGGGACUGAGGUUAUGGAUCCUGUUCUCUGCGGUGGGCUUCACGGCCGUGGCUCUCAUGGCUCUGGCGUUCCCCAGUCAGCUGUAUGAAGUGGUGUUUGAAGAGGAGCAAACAGCCACCAGCAUCUCCAUACGCCUCUUCGGGGGAGCACUGCUCAGUCUCUCCCUCAUCAUGUGGAAUGGUCUAUACACUAUUGAGAAGGUUAUUCUUCAGUGGACCCUGCUGAGCGAGGCCUGUUACUUUGCCAUCCAGUUUGUAGUAACCUGCGCGACUCUUUUUGAGCUGGGCCUCUUCUCCAACUCUGCCAUCCUCCUCCUCCUCAGUCGCCUGCUCUUCCUCACAGUCACCCUGUCCUACUACUACCACUUGGGCCGCCGCAACAGGAAGAUGUGCUAGAGGAGAGAGAGAGUGAGAGCGCAAGAGAUAGAGCGAGUGAGAGAGAGCGUGUGUGUGAGAGAGAAAACGGGAGCUGGCGCCACACCAUGGCCUGCAGGAUCACCGCACGGCAACCUCCCCGUGGAUGGAAGUUGUCGAACCCUAGAGCUCACCCUCUCCAAGCAUCACAAUCCAAGUACCCACCAGGACCCCACCACCCACGCCUUGUUGGAAAUUAGAAUAGCACAGUACACAGCACACAGUACAAUCUCCUGCCUUUUUACAACACCUCUGCUCCACUUGGAAUGGGGAACAAUUGUUUUUGUGUACACACUACACUGCACUACACACAGUAAAAUUAAAGUACAAGGUUUUAUUUUGACUUGA